AUGUCACUGAUGGGCCCACCUUGUGUCCAAGCUGGGGUGCCUGGAAGAGCCCCCAGGACAGGAGGGCCAGGGGAGCUCGGACAUGAGAAGGGGCGGCGCCCAGCAGGAGCCGCAGGACUCCCCGGCCUCAGCCCCAGCUCCCAGGGUGGCGGCCCCUUGGGUUCCAGCUGCCCCCGCCCCCAGGGCCCCCCGUGCCUCCAGCCCUACCUCAUCGUCUUGACCCAUUUCCAUUCCGUCAUAGAGCUGCCUCCUCGGACUCUGGCCUCUCCCACCUGCUUCCAGGGCCUCUCCGGUGCUUCUCCUCAGGGCCAAGGCGCCCCAAGAGACAGGGGCUCUCUCUCCCUAGCCACAGGGGUGGCCUUUGGAGAUGGAGCCCUGGGGACAACGACCGUUCUGGGGGACUCAGGAGGGAGAGCUCUGUCCCCGGGCCCAGAACACCUGGGAGGAGCCAGCGCCUGGGGGGCCAGCCAGACAGAGCCUGGACCCCCGUCCAGAACCAAGCUGGGCUUUGGGCACAGGUGCCCCAAGCCUGGUCCCUGCACUGGGGCUCCGGACCCAAGAAACCGCCCAGCAAAGCUGUGA